UUUGCACGCAGUCAGGCAAGACACCCAGGGAUCAGGAUGCCCCCUGCAGUGAGGUGGUCAGCCUGGCACACAGGAUGGCUGUGGAUCUUUGGGGCAGCCCUGGGCCAGUGCCUGGGGUAUGGCUCAGAGCAGCAAAGGGUAGCAUUUCUUCAGCGUCCAAGUCAAAAUCAUCUGCAAGCAAGUUAUGUGGAGCUCAGACCCAGUCAGGGUUGUCGCCCUGGAUACUAUCGAGACAACAAAAGCUUACCGGCUGGAAGGUGUGUUCCCUGCAAUUGCAAUGGACAUUCAAAUCGCUGCCAGGAUGGCUCAGGGAUAUGCAUUAACUGUCAGCACAACACAGCUGGGGAACACUGUGAGCACUGCAAGGAAGGCCACUAUGGAAACGCCAUCCAUGGAUCCUGUAGGGUGUGUCCCUGCCCUCAUACCAACAGUUUUGCCACUGGCUGUACUGUGGAUGGAGGAAUUGUGAGGUGUGCCUGCAAACCUGGAUACACAGGAGCACAGUGUGAGAGGUGUGCACCAGGCUAUUUUGGGAAUCCCCAGAAGUUUGGAGGUAACUGCCAGCCAUGCAAUUGUAACAGCAAUGGCCAGUUGGGCACUUGUGACCCCCUAACUGGAGACUGUGUAAGCCAAGAACCCAGAGAUGGUAGUCCUGCAGAAGAAUGCGAUGACUGUGACAGCUGUGUGAUGACCCUCUUGAAUGACUUGGCCACCAUGGGUGAGGAACUCCGCCUCAUGAAGUCAAAGCUGCAGGGCCUGAGUGUGAGCACUGGUGUUCUAGAACAGAUCCGGCACAUGGAGACACAGGCGAAGGACCUGAGGAGCCAGCUGCUUGGCUUCCGUUCUACCAUCUCAACUCAUGGGUCCAAAAUGGAAGGCCUGGAAAAAGAACUGAGUCAUCUGGACCGUGAAUUUGGAACUUUGCAAGAAAAGGCGCAAGUCAAUUCCAGAAAAGCACAAACAUUAUAUAACAACAUUGAUCAGACAAUCCAAAGCGCCAAAGAAUUGGACAAGAAGAUUAAAAAUGUCAUCCAGACUGUGCACAUGCUGAACCGGGUCAGGACAUGGCUGGAAAGCCACAAGGUGGAGAACAACGGACUGCUAAACAACAUUCGGGAUUCAUUAAGUGAUUAUGAAGCCAAACUUCAGGACCUGCGGGCUGUCCUCCAGGAGGCAGCUGCCCAGGCAAAGCAGGCCACUGGCCUCAACCAUGAGAAUGAGGAGGUUCUAGGAGCCAUGCAGAGACAAAUGAAAGAAAUGAAUUCCCUGAAGAAUGACUUUGCCAAGUACCUGGCCACGGCAGAUGCUUCCCUGCUGCAGACCAACAAUCUACUGCAGCAGAUGGACAAAAGCCAGAAGGAAUAUGAAAGCUUAGCAGCAGCUUUAAAUGGAGCAAGACAGGAACUAAGCGACAAGGUACAAAAACUCUCCAGAUCUGCAAGCAAAACAUCCCUGGUGGUAGAGGCCGAGAAGCAUGCACAGUCUUUACAGGAGCUGGCAAAGCAGCUGGAAGAGAUAAAGAGAAACACCAGCGGGGAUGAGCUGGUGCGCUGCGCUGUGGAUGCAGCCACUGCCUAUGAGAACAUCCUCAAUGCCAUCAAAGCAGCAGAGGAUGCAGCCAACAAGGCCACCAGUGCUUCGGAGUCUGCCCUCCAGACACUGAUAAAGGAAGAUCUUCCAAGACGAGCUAAGACCCUGAGUUCUGACAGCGAUGAACUGUUAAACGAAGCCAAGAUAACACAGAAAAAGCUGCAACAAGAAGUCAGUCCAGCUCUCAACAGCCUACAGCAAACUCUGAACACUGUGUCAAUUCAGAAGGGCCUGCUGGAUACCAACCUCACUGCCGUCCGUGACAGUCUUUAUGGGUUGCAGAGAGGUGAUAUUGAUGGUGUCAUCAAUGGUGCAAAGAGCAUGGUCAGGAAGGCCAAUGGUAUAACAAGUGAGAUUCUGGAUGGGAUCAACCCCAUCCAGACAGAUUUGGGAAGAAUUAAAGACAGCUAUGGGAGUGCACGGCGUGAGGACUUCAGCAAGGCUCUGACCGAUGCCAAUAAUUCAGUAAAGAAAUUAACCAAGAAGUUGCCUGAUCUUUUUAUCAAGAUUGAAAGUAUCAACCAACAAUUGCUGCCCUUGGGAAACAUCUCUGACAACGUGGACCGAAUCCGAGAACUCAUUCAGCAGGCCAGAGAUGCUGCCAAUAAGGUCGCGGUUCCCAUGAGGUUCAAUGGCAAAUCUGGUGUGGAAGGGGGGCUGCCAAAUGACCUAGAAGACUUAAAAGGAUACACUUCUCUGUCUCUGUUUCUCCAAAGACCUGACUUAAGAGAGAACGGGGGCACUGAGGAUAUGUUUGUGAUGUACCUGGGAAAUAAGGAUGCCUCCAAGGACUACAUUGGUAUGGCGGGUGUAGACGGUCAGCUGACGUGUGUCUACAAUCUGGGGGAUCGAGAGGCUGAGGUCCAGGUAGACCAAGUUCUGACGGAGAGUGAGAAUCAGGAGGCAGUUAUGGACCGAGUAAAGUUCCAGAGAAUAUAUCAGCUUGCAAUACUUAAUUACACCAAAGAAGCCACAUCCAACAAACCCAAAGCACCCGAAGCCUAUGACAUAGAGGGAGACAGCAGCAACACACUCCUUAAUUUAGAUCCAGAAACUGCUGUGUUUUAUGUCGGAGGUUACCCAGCCGAUUUUCAACUGCCGAGCAGACUGAGGUUCCCACCAUACAAAGGCUGUAUCGAACUAGAUGACCUCAAUGAAAAUGUUCUGAGCUUGUACAACUUCAAGACAACUUUCAAUCUCAACACAACUGAAGUGGAGCCUUGUAGGAGGCGAAAGGAGGAGUCCGACAGAAACUACUUUGAAGGUACAGGCUAUGCCCGAAUUCCCACUCAAGCAAACGCUCCCUUCCCAAACUUCAUACAGACCAUCCAGACGACCGUGGACAGAGGUUUGCUGUUCUUUGCAGAAAACCAGGAUAAGUUCAUAUCUCUGGACAUAGAAAAUGGCAAUCUCAUGGUGAGAUACAAGCUGAAUUCAGAGCCACCCAAAGAGAAAGGAAUUCAAGACACUGUCAACAAUGGGCGAGAUCAUACGAUUUCAAUUGCAAUUGGAAAAUCAAGAAAACUCAUGUGGAUAUAUAUGCACGACCAUAAUAUAAAAAUUGAAGGGGAAAUAUUUGACUUUGGCACAUAUUAUCUGGGAGGAAUUCCAAUUGCAAUCAGAGAAAGGUUUAACAUCUCCACUCCGGCUUUCCAAGGCUGCAUGAAGAAUCUGAAGAAAACCAGUGGUGUUGUCAGGUUGAAUGAUACUGUGGGAGUAACCAAAAAGUGCUCUGAAGACUGGAAGCUCGUGCGAACUGCCUCAUUCUCCAGAGGAGGACAGAUGAGUUUUACAAACCUGGAUGUGCCCUUUCCUGACCGCUUCCAGCUCUCUUUUGGGUUUCAGACCUUUCAGCCCAGUGGUACACUAUUACAUCAUCAGACACGGACAAGUAGCCUGCAGGUCACCCUGGAAGAUGGUCACAUUGUGUUAAGCAGCAGGGACAGCAGCAGCCCGAUUUUCAAGUCUCCACAGACCUACAUGGAUGGCUUACUGCAUCACGUGUCUGUGAUAAGCGACACCUCAGGCCUCCGACUCCUCAUUGAUGACCAGGUUCAGAGAAGAAAUCAAAGGCUCCCUGGAUUCUCCAAUGCCCAGCAGUCCCUCCGUCUGGGAGGCGGUUAUUUCGAGGGUUGUAUCAGCAACGUUUUUGUCCAAAGGUUGUCGCAGAGUCCUGAAGUCCUUGAUUUAGCCAGUAAAUCUACCAAGAAGGAUGCAUUUCUGGGAGGCUGCAGUUUAAACAGGCCACCCUUUCUCAUGUUGUUUAAAGGUCCCAAGAGAUUUAACAAGGCCAGGACUUUCGAUGUCAAUCAGCUGUUGCAGGAUGCACCUCAGGCCUCCCCAAGCAUCAUGGCUGCUUGGCAAGAUAGGAAGUCCUGUGUGCCACCCCGCAACACCCAGGCCACUCACAGAGCCCUCCAUUUUGGGGACACUCCCCCCAGCCACUUGCUAUUCAAGCUUCCUCGGGAACUGCUGAAACCAAGGUCACAAUUUUCUGUGGACAUACAGACAACAUCCUCCAAAGGGCUGGUAUUUUACACGGGAACCAAGAACUUCUUCAUGGCUCUUUAUCUCUCAGAAGGACUCAUCGUCUUUGCUUUGGGGGCUGAAGGGAAGAAACUGAGGCUCAGAAGCAAGGAGAGAUACCAUGACGGGAAGUGGCACACGGUGGUGUUUGGACAAAGUGGAGGAAAAGCGCACUUGGUCGUGGAUGGGCUGAGGGCCCAGGAAGGCAAUUUGCCUGGAAAUUCUACCAUCAUCCCCAGAGCACAGGUUUACCUGGGGUUUUCAUUGCCAAGGAAGUUGAAGAGCCUCCCCCAGCACAGCUUUGUGGGGUGCCUGAGGAACUUCCAGUUGAACUCAAAACCCCUGGAUUCCCCCUCUGCAAGCUUUGGGGUGUCUCCCUGCUCAGGUGGCUCUUUGGAGAAAGGCAUUUAUUUCUCCCAAGGAGGAGGCCAUGUGGUCCUGGCCAAUUCUGUGUCCCUGGGGCCAGAGUUUCAGCUCAUUUUCAGCAUUCGCCCAAGGAGUCUCACUGGGACCUUAAUACACAUUGGAAGCCAAUCAGGCCAGCACUUAAGUGUCUCCAUGGAGGCGGGAAAGGUCACAGCCUCUAUGGAGAGUGAAGCAGGUGGGACCUUGGCGUCCAUCACACCAAAGCAGUCUCUGUGUGAUGGACAGUGGCACUCAGUGGCAGUCUCCAUUAAACAGCACGUCCUGCACCUGGAGCUGGAUACAUACAGUAGCUACACAGCUGGGCAGCUUUCCUUCCCAUCUAACAACACCCGAGGGUCACUACACAUUGGAGGUGUCCCAGACAAAUUAAAAAUGCUUAGGCUUCCUGUGUGGAACUCAUUUUUUGGCUGCCUGAAGAAUAUUCAAGUCAACCACAUCCCUGUCCCCAUCACCGAAGCCACAGAAGUCCAGGGAUCUGUCAGCCUGAAUGGUUGUCUUGAGCACUAACCCUACACAGCAAGAAAGCACCAAGAGCCCAGCACACCUCCCAAAGUCAAGACACCAUCAGCACACAUUCAAAAACCAAUCUCAUUUGGUGCCACACAUGUAUUUUAUUUGUUGAAGAAAAUGAACAAAUUGUUAAUCAAACAUGUAUACAAUGUUUUUGUUAAUAUUAUUUUUUCCACUAAGAAAAUAAAUGCUCCCAGCACUCGGGAGGCAGAGGCA